GGGCCGAUGGUUUCACCAGCUUUCUCGCCAGAGGUGGCUUGGCAUCAUCAUGCGCGCGUUCGGCCGGCCCAUCGAGCUGCCGUCGCUGCGCGACCGCUUCCACAUUGGGCGAGCGGCGCAGGUUGUCGAGAAGGAGCCCGCGAGGUCGACGUCGAUCCCGUCCUUGAGCACGCGCGAGCGCAAGGAGCCGAGCGAUCCGUUGCCAAGUAACCCGCGUCUCCAGCCGACGCGCCCGCCCGACGCCAACAGCAAGCCCCGCGAGAGUGUCAAGCCCAAGGCGCCCGAAUCCAUCAAGCCCGAUAGUAGUAGUAGUAGUCGUCAUACCAAGGCCAACGUCGAUGGCAAGGCCGCCAAGGACGACGCGCCAAGCAAGGUGGCCGAGACGUCCGUGGCCACGGCCGUGCCCCGACCGCCGACCGAGCCGCGCCCACCGCCCAAGCAGCAGCCACUCAAGGACCCACCCCGCGGCUUUGACCACAAUCGCGGCCACAACAGAGGGCUCGAGUCGACGCCGACGAUCGUGCAAUCGCCACAAGCGGUGCUCGAGACGGCGUCGCACGAGCUCCUCGACUUUGAGAAAACCGAGAUUUUGGCGUUCGACAAGGUACACUACUACGGGACGCUGGCCUCCAAGACACGCGCCAACGCGGUCGGCAACGACGGCUUUGACGACGAGAAUGGCGACUACGUUGCGAACGUCCACGACCACCUCUCGUAUCGGUACGAGAUUGUGGGGCACCUUGGGCGUGGGUCGUUUGGCCAAGUGCUCAAGUGCCACGACCGCGCGUCUCGGGCGAUGGUGGCGGUCAAGAUUGUGCGCAACAAGCAAAAGUUCCAGGAGCAGUCGAUCGUUGAAGCGCAGCUCCUCUCGCACAUGAAGCAAGCUGAUAGCGAUGGGAAAAGCAACAUCAUUCGGCUCCACGAGUCGUUCACGUUCCGGAACCACCUCUGCAUGAGCUUUGAGCUCUUGAGUCUGAACCUGUACGAGCAUCUGCGGCUCGAACAGUUCCGCGGCCUCCCCGUGCUCUUGAUCAAGAAAAUGGCUGUUGAAAUGCUGCACGCGCUCAGUUUCCUCAAGACGCAGCACAUUGUGCACUGCGACCUCAAGCCCGAAAACAUCCUCCUCAAAAAACCCAAGUCGCAUCUUGUGGCGCUUAUUGACUUUGGCUCAUCCUGCUUUGAGCACGCGACCUUCUUUACGUACAUCCAAUCGCGUUUUUACCGCGCCCCCGAGGUCAUCCUCGGCCUUCCGUACGGCCACCCGAUCGACAUGUGGAGCUUUGGCUGCAUCAUCGGCGAGCUCUUCACGGGGUACCCGAUCUUCCCGGGCGAGAACGAGGCCGAGCAGCUCGCUUGCAUCAUGGAAGUGCUCGAUGUGCCACCGUCCGCCAUGGUCGCGACGUGCAAGCGGCGGAAAAAUUUCUUUGACGACGCCGGCGACCCGCUCCAACUCGUCAAUUCGCGCGGCCGGAAACGCCGACCGAAAUCCCGCGAGCUCCGCGCGCUCCUCAAGAACCCCGAUGGCAAGAUGGUCGACUUUGUAGCCCGUUGCUUGGCAUGGGACCCGGCGGUGCGCCUGACACCGUCCGAGGCGCUCGCCCACGAGUGGCUUCUUGACGUCAAGCCCAAGCCAGCGUCGCGCACGUCGAUGUCCAAGCCCAAGCAAAAGGAAGGACCGGAGAGUGCGAAAGAGCUGGCUCCGGUUCUACCUAUUUAA